AUGGCCAUUAGCUGGGCUGAUGGCGCUCUACAGCGCUGGUACUACUUCGCCAUGAGGCAAAGAAGUUUCAGAAUGGCCGAAGGUACCAGCUUGAAGUCCUUCGUCAGCGGUCACGAACCCCACGAGUUCACCGAGAGGGAUGCCUUUCUGCCGGAGGAUGCGAAGGCUGACUAUGCCGCCGCCUUCGCUCUCUUUGACCAUUCGAGCACCGGCCAUAUCACAAAGUCGGACAUUGGCGCAGUCUUGAAGGCCGGAGGCUACUUUCCCACGCCCGAGGAGCUUGAGAAAUUCAUCGGCAAAGUGGACGUGGAUGGGGAUGGCAAGCUCAGCAAAGAGGAAUUCUUGAACAUUGUGGCCAUGAAUCCCAAGGAUCGAGACUUCUCCGCGGAACUGAUCGAAGCCUUCAAGAUCUUGGACGAGAAUUCGGACGGUUUCUUGUCCAUUGAGGAGUUAGAGAAGGGCGCCAAAAUGUUUCAGCGCGGUUUGACCAAGGAGGACUUGAGAAAAAUGAUGGAGGAGGCAGAUUCCAGUCGGGAUGACCGCGUGAGCUUUCCAGAGUUCGAGCGGAUCAUGAAGUGGGGCCUGGCUCAGAAAUUUCCCACCCUCAGGGGCCGUGCACAGGCAGAGAGUUCGGAUGAGUGA